GUCCACUCCCUUCUCAAGAGGACAGGUUGAAGACUUCCAGCUUGCUUCAUUUUCCAUCCCUCUUUCCACCAUGGCCUGUGCUCAUCGCAGUCUCGUUCGAUUACCACUGGAUGUCUACACUGGCUUGAUUUCAGAAGAACGAAGCCAUGACACUCCUUGCUCACCCGAAGAAUUGCGUCGUCAAAUGUGUGCCAAACUGAAAAAGUUUGCGUCUCCACACUACAAAAAUAAUACGAGAGGCAACAACUAUUUUGAGAGCGUCACGACGGUGGGUCACUUGUUGACGCGUACGACCCCCUGGACACUGCUAAAAAUUCUGGACCCACUCUUGACCAUGGAGGAAGUCCAGUUGUUUUUGCAUCGUGUGGCCAAGGUCUGUUGUCCUCCACCGCAAACAGCAUUGGAGUUACUACAACAGUCACAACAACAUGCAAAUGCCAAGUAUUUGCCCACGGGAUGGACGGCUCUGGACAACUGUUUGCGCGGAGGAAUUCGGAUUGGCAGUCUGACGGAAUUUUGUGGCCGCGCCGGAGCCGGAAAGACGCAAUUGGCCAUGCAACUCUGUGUCACGGCAGCCGCACGGUGUGGUCAAGGCACUGUCUAUUUGGAUACGGAACAGAAAUUGAGUUUGACGCGAUUGCAAGAAAUUGUGCAGCAUCAACAUGGAAAUGGACAGUUACGCAAACGGCCACGUACUCAUGAGUAUGAUGAUGGUACUACUACAAAUAUGGAGCCAACCACCGUCGCAGAACAACAACAACAAGUCCUCGACAAUGUGACUGUCCUGUCCCCUACUACGAUGCCCGAUCUCAUGACGGCAUUACUCCAAAUCGAGGAGCUCGUCCUCGAUGCACAACACGACAAUAGCAAUAAACUCCCCAUUGGACUCGUCAUUGUCGACAGUAUUGCGGCACCCGCCAAGCGAGGCGCCGAAUCGGCACCGGAACGUGCAGCGGCGCUCUUUCAGUGUGCCCAACGAUUGAAACAAAUGGCGGAUCAACUCCAACUAGCCAUUUUGGUCGUCAAUCAAGUCGCGCUCGAACGCAGCAGCUUUGGAGGAGGAGUGCGGGUCAAGGCGGCUCUGGGGACAUCCUGGCGUCAUUGUGUCUCAACCCGCAUCAUGAUGGAACAACAACAACAAUUGGAAGCACAACCACAACAACAAUCGGGGAGUCCGUUUGUCCGGGAGACUGCACGAACCGCUACCAUUGUCAAGAGCAAUCUGGUGGGAUUGCAGAGUGUCAAAUAUCAAAUAGUGGGUGCUGGAGUGGUGGAUGCUGUGGAACCUCCUGUGGCACGCAUUCCAGUGGUCGAACCGUGAUGAGAUCCUCUUUUCAAAAGUUUGCAUAGUGAGUAUCGACGUGCUCUUGCUCCCAAGCAACCCCAACCCCACCGAAAGAAGCUAGCUAUCGAUAGGCACAAGCGUGAUUCUUUGUCACAAAGAGUAAGAAGGGAGUCUAGAGUACCCGUGGGGAUUUCAUCUACUCUAGCUACAAUACUAAUCAUUUCCUACGAACACCCCGAUUCAGCAGCAGCACUAGCAAGUAGACUUGCAUUGCAAGGGCAGCCAUUCUCGAGAGCAAAUUUCAAAAUAUCCAAAUGCCCGCCCUUAGCAGCAUUAGGACAUGUCCUAUUAUCCCAGGGGCAACCAUUCUCGUGAGCCCAUUUCAACAUUUUGAAAUGACCAUUGCGAGCCGCCUGAAAGCAGAUAGCUCCUGUCCAGGGACAUCCACUCUCUCUGGCCCACUUCAAGAUCUCAAAAUGUCCUCCUUCAGCAGCAGCAGAGCAAGUGUUCUGAUCCCAUUGGCAGCCAUUCUCUCUUGCCCAUUUCAAUAUAUCAAAAUGGCCAUUCCGGGCAGCGUGCUCACACACACGUUGUUCAUACCAGCGACAGCCGUUGGCCCUGGCCCACUUUAAAAUCUCAAAAUGUCCUUGUUCAGCAGCGGCAGUGCACACACCUGAAUCCCAGGGACAGCCAUUGGCUCUGGCCCAUUUCAACAUUUUGAAAUCACCAUUGUGAGCAGCAAUUUCACAUGUCAUUUUAUCCCAGGGGCAUCCCUUCUCUCUUGCCCAUUUCAAAAUGUUGAAAUCUCCAUAGGCAGUGGCACAAUAGCAAGUAAGGUCAUCCCAAGGGCGGCCAUUUUCAUGGGCCCACUUUAAAAUCUCAAAAU